UUCAAGGGCCUGAGCAUGCGCCAUUGUGUCUCCAGUCAAGCCCGUACAUAUGUAAGACGAAAUCCUUCUGUAGUUAUAGACAUUGCUGUCUGACUCCUACUGUCGUGGUAGACUACAAGAAUAGGUAUUUUCUACUAAGAACUGGACCUACACACAUCUAGAGCUCCGUUCGAUUUCAUUUUAAGGUUAUUUUCGGGUUUAGCUUUGGCUGUAGCCUUUCCAACCCUAACCUCACCGACACAGGGACUCUAACCCUGACGGGAAUCGAGUCCUGUCUGCUCUCCUUCCUCAGGGCAGAUGCACCCCGCUGCCCAGCUCGACAGGAGCGAUGGGAUGUGUCAACUAGUGGAUGACACAGUCCUGGACCAUGUAAGGGAGCUGAAGGAUCAAUCUGCAGUGUUUCUACCGGAGCGGGAGACGGGAAGAGCGAGGGAAGAGGAGGAAGAUAGAGGAAUGGGCGUGGGGAAGAAUACCACCUCUAUGUCGAUGGAGGGAGGAGAAGGGGGGAAGUAUGAGGAGGAGAACAAACACAGUGCAGACUUCUACCCCAUUCCGGUGGUGGUGAACGGAGUGGAACAGGCCGCUGGAGACCAGGACACUGAAGACACUGAGCUGAUGGCCAUCUACACUAAAGAGAACCAGGAAAGAGAGAAGAGUUCCAUGUCGGAGACGUUGGACAGUGCAGACAGUAUGGACGCCAGGAGAAUGGACAUGAUCUACACCAUCGAAGACACACCUCCCUGGUACCUGUGUAUAUUCCUGGGCUUACAGCACUACUUGACGUGUUUCAGUGGUACUAUCGCAGUGCCGUUCCUGCUAGCUGAAGCCAUGUGUGUAGGGUUUGACCAGUGGGCUACCAGUCAGCUCAUAGGAACUAUCUUCUUCUGUGUGGGAAUUACCACCCUGCUACAGACUACACUGGGCUGCAGGCUUCCUCUGUUCCAGGCGAGUGCAUUUGCCUUCCUGGCUCCUGCCAGAGCAAUCCUGUCACUAGACAAGUGGAAGUGCAACGCUACAGUGGUUCCGCCCAUGUUCAACGAAACCGAGCUGUUCAACACUGAACACAUCUGGCAUCCCCGAAUACGAGAGAUCCAGGGGGCUAUCAUUGUGUCGUCUCUGAUAGAGGUGUGUAUCGGCUUCCUGGGGCUUCCAGGGCUCCUGUUGAAAUACAUCGGCCCUCUGACCAUCACCCCAACCGUGGCCCUCAUCGGCCUUUCUGGCUUCCAGGCUGCAGGGGAGAGAGCAGGGAAACACUGGGGCAUCGCCAUGCUGACUAUAUUCCUGGUGUUGUUGUUCUCUCAGUAUGCGAGGAACGUACAGCUUCCUCUGCCCAUCUACAAGGCUAAGAAAGGAUGGACCUCUUAUAGAUUACAGCUCUUCAAGAUGUUCCCCAUUAUCAUGGCCAUCCUGGUGUCAUGGCUGAUCUGUUUCAUCUUCACUGUAACCAACGUUUUCCCACCGGAGAAAGACAAGUACGGUUACUACGCCCGCACUGACGCACGCCAGGGGAUACUGGCAGCUGCACCUUGGUUCAAGAUCCCCUACCCCUUUCAGUGGGGUGUUCCUACGGUAACAGCGGCAGGGGUGAUAGGUAUGUUCAGUGCCGUGGUCGCUAGCAUCAUCGAGUCCAUCGGGGACUACUACGCCUGUGCCCGACUCUCCUGUGCCCCCCCACCCCCUAUUCACGCCAUCAACAGGGGUAUAUUUAUGGAAGGUCUGUCCUGCGUGUUGGAUGGGCUGAUGGGGACAGGAAACGGCUCUACUUCCUCCAGUCCUAAUAUAGGUGUGCUGGGCAUCACAAAGGUAGGCAGCCGGCGUGUGAUCCAGUACGGUGCUGCUAUGAUGCUGCUGCUAGGGCUGGUGGGUAAAUUCAGUGCGUUGUUUGCCUCCCUGCCUGACCCUGUCCUGGGGGCGCUGUUCUGUACCCUGUUUGGGAUGAUCACAGCUGUGGGACUGUCCAACCUGCAGUUUGUAGACCUCAACUCCUCCAGGAACCUCUUUGUUUUGGGCUUCUCCAUCUUCUUUGGCCUGGUGCUGCCCAGCUAUCUCAAACAGAACCCUCUGGUCACUGGUAUAGUGUCGCUAGACCAGGUGUUGAAUGUGCUCCUGACCACAGCCAUGUUCGUAGGGGGGUCAGUGGCAUUUGUGCUGGACAACACUAUCCCUGGUACCAGGGAGGAGCGAGGGAUCGGGAAGUUGAAGCGAGGGUCGGGACCCAGUGCUGCGGAGCUGGAGGGGAUGAGAACCUACGACCUCCCGUUUGGCAUGGACUUCCUGCGUCGUCACACUGUCUUCCAGUACUUCCCCAUCAGCCCCACCUUCAGUGGCUACCAGUGGAGCGCAAUCCGCAAGGCCUGCAGACGUAGGGGUGGACGGGGGGAGGCAGGGAAGGGAGCAGAGAUGGAGAGAGUCACAGAACCAGGGGAGAGCGGGGUAUAGCAGAUGGGGUGGAGGGGAGGGGGAAGGGAUGGAGCUUGGAACCAUGGGAGGAGAGGGAGGGGGGAGGGGGAAGGGAUGGAGCUUGGAACCAUGGGAGGAGAGGGAUGGGAGGGGUGGAGGGGAGGGGGAAGGGAUGGAGCUUGGAACCAUGGGAGGAGAGGGAUGGGAGGGGUGGAGGUUUUUGGGUUGCGUCAGUGCAGUGUGACAUGCUCAACCCUGUCUUGUAUGUCUGUGUGUCUGUAGAACUCCCUGUUUAUGCCCUAUCCAUGCUGUUAUUAGCAUGUUAUAAUAGGUGACAUUAGCGUGUUAUAAUGUCCUUAUAGAGGAGGGUUCAGGUGGAGUUGCAACACUCUCUCUGGCUCUCGUCUCUACCUAGUAUGUGUGCAUAAGAGCAGUGUAUUAGACAGCCCCUUUAUUGAGGUCCCUGUCUUCCAAAUACAGUAUUUCUACUGGGUCAUCAAGUUAAAGCACUUAUUUUCAAGGUCAACCUGUCUACAUUCAUUCCAAGAAAUAAAAGGUUUCUUCUCAGCCGUUGAACCAAAAUACUCUUAAUAUAUUACACUCCCAGGGGCUCCGCGUGCGUUUGUGUGUGUGUAUGCCCACCCAUGACAUUGUGAUGGGGUUGUGUGUGUCACUUGCAUUGGCGCAUUCCCUGUUUAAGGACAGAGAUGGAUGGACAGUAUCUAAUUUACAACAAACGUUUUUAAGCUGAAUCAUUGACACCUUACAGACCCAAUGAGAAUCAGACGAAGCUAAUCAGUCAGUCCUGUUUAGCAAACCUACACUGCCCACGGUGGUUAUGGGGAAGUGUAGUCCUGUUGAAAGGGAACUGGAUGAAAGUUGGAGAGGCUUGAUGCAAAUUCACAUUAAACUAAUAAUUUGCCUGCUCACUACAUUUACACACGCACACUAGCAAGCACAAGCUUAAUUGCAUGCAGAUAGGCAAGGUCAUGCAGAUAGUGUAGAUGCAAGUGGCUUGUCAAAUGGCAGACCUUAGCCAUGCAAAGUGAUUGAUCUUCGUUUCGCACUAUUAGUCGCAAGAGUUAAUGCACAGAAUGUUAGCUGAAACCUGCUCCUCUAAUUGGCUUCUACCCACAUAACACGGCCACACUUCAAACACAACAGAUCAGACAAUGUCAUCCACUGGACGAAGGGCUCUCAGUCCCGUAGCCCUAGACACUUCUCCUCGUGCCCUAGUCCUAGACACUUCUCCUCGUGCCCUAGUCCUAGACACUUCUCCUCGUGCCCUAGUCCUAGACACUUCUCCUCGUGCCCUAGUCCUAGACACUUCUCCUCGUGCCCUAGUCCUAGACACUUCUCCUCGUGCCCUAGUCCUAGACACUUCUCCUCGUGCCCUAGUCCUAGACACUUCUCCUCGUGCCCUAGUCCUAGACACUUCUCCUCGUGCCCUAGUCCUAGACACUUCUCCUCGUGCCCUAGUCCUAGACACUUCUCCUCGUGCCCUAGUCCUAGACACUUCUCCUCGUGCCCUAGUCCUAGACACUUCUCCUCGUGCCCUAGUCCUAGACACUUCUCCUAGUGCCCUAGUCCUAGACACUUCUCCUAGUGCCCUAGUCCUAGACACUUCUCCUAGUGCCCUAGUCCUAGACACUUCUCGUAUCGCCCUAAUGGAUGUCAGUAUCCUGGUAAAAGCUCAUUCUAGCCCUCUAAAGGGAUAGUUGAAGCUUGUACCACUGAUUACACCGGUCUGUUUCUUUCAAUCCAGCUGGUGCCAUGAAGAAGUGUCUAGGCCAGGGGUAAGAGCUAGGGCUGUGGACGAGGGCUUGAUUUAGGACUGGGAAUGUUGAUGUUCACCCAGUCAGCUUGCAAGCCUUACUGUGUCAGUAUUAUCUUUAGCAUCGUUAACAAAUGCCACCAAAACCAGCUCUCUCCUGAACGCAUACACCCUCAACCAGCUGCUGUUAUUACAACUGAAAUUAAUACGGCAUUUGAAGGUUGACUUAAAUUAUGCAAUAAUGGCUUAUAAGCAGUUUAUAACUAGUAUUAACUGCUUACAAGUCAUUGUUGUAAGUAAGUUUUAUUAAAAUGUAUUACCUGUAAGGACCUAUAAUCAUAAAUCAUGCUAAACAGACUAUACAAUGUAAUAGUUAAACUGUAACAAUGUUCAUGAGCAGUUCAUAAGGACACUUUCAAAAAGUUUUUCACAUUUGUACUUUGUUUAGAGAGGCUACACCGAUUUUAGCGCGAAGCAGAAUGCACUUAGUUAGCUAGUUGUGCGAUCACAACAUAGUUUUUGAAAUGCAGACCUUUUUCUAUUUCACUGAUGUUCUUCAUUUUGUUAUUGUGUUCGAUUCAUACUUAUUAGUCUAGUGUUCUGUAGUGUUUGUGAGCACAUUCAUGGUGGUAUAGGUGGUGUGACCACAGCCUGAGUGAAGAUCAUGCUAUGAUAAAGGCUUACAUGCAGUCACACCAGUGCAUGGUUUACAAAGGAAGGAAAUGGAGACGCUCCACAGAUUUAGCUAGGGAAAUUACCAGAAAGAUGCUUUGAAAUCUUUUGUACCCAGAUGCCUGACAAAGUGAGAACUAGGGAGAGAAAAGAGGUAAUUUUUAUAGUACCAAUCCUCUCCCUGAUCGCUAUAGGCUCCCCUUCCCUCUGCUCUGUCCUACUCUGAUACAGGUGUCAGAGGUCUACACUACUGUUCUGUUCAAGUGAACACGUUGUUUGAUUUAGUCUUCAAGUUUAAUGGUUGUGGGGUAGAGAGUGUAUUUGAUGAUGUUUAUAGGGGUGUCCUGGGGGUAUUUGUUCACAAUGGCUCACAGACUACAAUUUUGUCCUGCACCUAUUGAUUCUGUCUAUUGAUCUACUAUUAUUGUUAUGAUUGUUACUGGUGUCAUUAUUCGUGUUGUUGGCAUUGUUCACGUGUUUGGUUCUAUGUGCCUACCCCCCCCACCCCCAAUCCCCUCUACAUCACUCACCUGCCUCACCCUCCCUUCUUCCAUCCUCACAUCAACUGUAGGAAUCUGCACCUCAACUUCAAAUACAACUUUAUUUAUAGUUCCUGUAACAUACAGUACAGGUCACACCUCACAAGUUGAAUGUCCUCUGACUGACUACACAUUUAGUGGACCAGUAAAUAUCACUCUAAAGACUAUUGCCAGGUAGUGCGCCCUGACUGUGUGUGUUCACAUGUUUCAGAGCUGGGGUCAAGUUCAAGUCAAGAAUUCAAAAACUGAGUGUGCGUCAGAAAUGGCACCCUAUUCCCUAUAUAGUGCACUGUACUACAUAGAGAAUAGAGUGCCAUUUGCGACACAAUGAGUGUAAUUGACAUGGAGAGGACCCUCUGGAACCUCUGCUAUGUGUGUCUGGACUGGAGCGCUGUGUUUUACUGUGUGAGCCGUCAUCUAUAGAAAAUCCAUGGUUGAUCGUUGAGGUAGGGUUGAAUUGGGACUCCUCCUGGCCAGUAUAGUUGUCUAUUAUAAGCCUACAUAACAUAGUUAACUUAAAAAGAUGCACAGAUAUGCAUAAUGAUUGUGAUCUUUGCAGAACCAAAAUGCAAAAGAAGCACCAGUCCUUUCUUCAUUCUUUCUCAUCACCUAUUUCUCUUACUCUUCUCUUACUCUUCUCUUUGCUGCACCAAAACAAUGAGUGGCGAUAGUCACCGGUUCAGACAUAUAGAAAUGUAAACCAUUUUAAGUAACAUUUCAGAUUGACUUGAAUUUCUCAUUUGUUUUAUUUAUUUAUUUAUGAUUAGUAAGAAAGUCAGUGUUUAGUGGAAUGUAUGUGAAGCCAAUUUGUGUGCCUUAUGCACAUUGUCAGAAAUACAUUUAUCAGUUUUGAGUUUACUUGUUAGAGUUUACUGGCCCUAUUAGAAUGUUAUCCAGAUUUCCCACUGAGAUACUGAUAUUGUUAGUCCCCACAGGCAGCAGGUUGAAGUUACCUCUGGAUACUGAUCACAGAUCAGUUUAGUGUUUUCUCCCUUAAUGAGUAUGGUUAGAAUUUGUUGUGACUGGUCCUAUAUCUGUGCCUAAGGACAACUUCUACAACAAGCUCUAUGGAGGGAGAGGCUCCAGCGUGUACUCUUAGAACCUGGACAGAGAAAAGCAACAUUCUUACGAAAAUCAUAUAAUCACACAAGGUGCUCUUACAAUAAGUCAUUCCAUGCAUGUUACAUUUUUAUGAAACCCCUUUUGAACUGGACAUGGCUCAGUUAGGGACCCGGGGUGAGAGGGCAGUCUAGAACAGGGGUUCUCAAACUUUUUAGGUCUUGGGACCCCUUUUAUGAUGCCAAAUUUAUCAAGGACCCCCCCUCAUAAUCAGAACAUAAUCAGAAAAUUUGCAUACAAGGAAGAACCAAAUCUUGAACCCUGGAAAGGAACAUUUUAAAGGCCCAUCUCUUGGCAUCAGAGUGAAAAUGUUGCCGUUUUUCAUGCAAAUUUCCUGCAAUUCUACACAUUUUGUCAUAGGGAAGAGAUUUUCUUGUUGCCGCUUUAAGCUAAUAUCCUGCAGUUCUAUACAUGUUGCCAUGCAUGUUUUUUGCUGUAGUUUUAAAGCUUAAAUUACAGUGCAUUUAUAUAUAUAUAUUUUGUAAUCAUUUUUGGGAAUAAAAGGAAGUCAUUUACAUUUUACGUCAUUUAGCAGACGCUCUUGUCCAGAGCGACUUACAGUAGUAGUGAGUGCAUACAUUUUUUUUUUUUAUACUAGUCCCCCGUGGGAAACGAACCCACAACCUGGCGCUGCAAGUGCCAUGCUCUACCAACUGAGCUACACGGGACUGUGUAAUUGAUUUGAACAAAUUUACUGUGGAUACCAAUAUCCCUGUGAGCCUUCCAAACCCAUGUUGCCAAGGGGUAAGAACAUAAAUUAUAUAUUAAUGUUACAUUUUAUUAUAUUGUAUUACACCCUCAACUUAUUCCAUGGAUCACUUGGCCAAAAUCUGUUAGUAAUAUUCUUUCUUUUUUUAAAUAAUAAUAAUAUUUCGUUUGAUAUGUUUUGAAAUCUGUUCACGGACCCCUGCAGUCCAGCCGUCAAUGGUUUUGUACUGCAGCAUGCUUGAUUCUGCUUAGAUGGUGUUGUGACACAGUUUACCCAGUGAGAAAGUGUUCCCUUCCCAGGAGGGGUGUAUUCUGCCACUUCUUGUGGUGAAAUAACUUUGUACACACACAUGCAUAUUCUAUAAUGCAAUUUCUGUGACGUCACCACACGCUAAUGCAAUUAGCAGAGAUUUUUUCGUUGUUUCCUUCCCCCUUCCUCAUCAUCCUCCAACCCCCUCCUCCCCUCCACACCUGCAGUGUCCUCUCCGUUUUAGUGUACCUGUAUUCUCUAUUGAAAUGUCGAUGUUGUUGAAUGCAGAAAUAGACACUGGUUGGAUCCAGGGCAAGGUUCACUGAUCUAAGGUCAGUUUUCCAUUCCUCCCGACUAAUGAUUAAUAUUAGGAUUUGGGGCGGGUAAACUGUUCCUAGAUCGGUGUCAAAGGGCAUCUUCCACCCAAAGUGCUGAUCGGUACUUAGCUUGUUUUGACUUUGAUAUAUCUUUAGUUUGUUGGACCUCCUUGAUAGAAUCUUCUCACAGCAUGGAUAGUUGAAAAAAAAUAAGAAAAAAAAGAAAUAUACCCCUAAAACUAUGUUAAAUAAUACUACAAUAUAAACCAGGGGUACAUCUGAAAUGGUUUACUAUUUCCCAUGUAGAGCACAACUGACUCUGGAAAGUAGGGGAGAGUAGGGUGUCAUUUGAGCAUCAGCCCAUAGCUCACCUCAUAUGAAGCCAAUGCCUCACCUCUGCAUGUGCUUUCUCACUCGAGGUCAGGAGGUGUAUGACUCAACGAAAUCUAUCCCUUUCAGUUCUUUUGAAGGGGAAGCUACCUGAAGAAUAUGCUUUUUGUCUAUCGUGUUAUCUUUUCAAAUGUUUUUCUUGUUUUUUUAUACAUCAUUUUUGUUUUUACAAAGAAAUGUUUGUAAGAAAAUAAAUCAUGCCUUAUAAACUUAAAUUGUCAUGCUGCAAUGCGCACCAUUUUUGUUACAUUUUUAUUUAAUAAAAAAAUUAGAAAAUACAUUUUUGUUUCUAUUUCAAAUCUGUAGUUCGGUGGAAUAGUUUUGCUAGCUGGACAUUUUUUCAUAAUGUAUUUUUCUAACAUUGCUUCCUGUUAUCAAGUUAAUACAGUAUCAGUACAAAUUGAGGGAGCUGACUUUAAACAGAUGUAUAAAUAUAUAUUGAAUUGAGUACCAUGUGCUAAGAAACUUCUGGACCAGGCAUUGUGUAUACUAACAGUAGCAACAAAAUGUUAUAUUCUUUGUUCCUAAAGCUAUUUAAUAAGAUGUUACAGAAUGAA